CAGAUUCAUGUGUGAUUUGUUCAAGUGUAAUAAUCCUCGUUGACAGCUGUGAACUGUUCCUGUGCGCGGGCGCGCUGCGCGCUCUCGUGUCGGCGUGAACGCGUCUUGUUCCAUGGCAACGAAACUGGGAAUCUGUGUAGAACCGGAAGUGGAGGGAAAUUCGAAAGAAAAGAGCAAAACAAACCCGUUAUGAAUUCUAAACACACAUCACCUCGACUUGUUUUGUGGUAUUUGGUUAAUUGUUGAAUUCUUUCAGAGAUGGAAAUUGAAGCGCUGUUGAAUAAAUAAUCAAGACAUGACCUGCAGUCAGUUAAAAAGCAGAAAACGCGGACGAGCGUGUGAAGUCUCUCUCAGAUUUAGACACCGAACAUGGAGGUGAAGUUCGAGGUGCUGGUGUCGUCUAGCAUCAAGAGGAGAAACCCAUGGCCGAGAUUUUGUUGGCUGGGAAAGGAGAAGGAAGGCCUCUUUCUUUUGGAUGACCGUCGGAUCAGUGAGAUCAAUUUACGCUCAGGACAGACCAAGAAGAAGAUCCCAAAACUGCAGCGGCUGCUACCGAGAGUGCUGACGAUGUCCAGCUCUCGAAACGGUACGUGGCUGGCUGGGAUAUUAGUCUCCGGAGAGGUGUUUCUGUGGGACAGAGAUAAAGACUCCUUAAAGACGGUCGCAUCGGUGCCUGCGGUGUAUGAGCUGGCCUCUGCUGGUAAAGCGACCUCCCAGCGCCUGUCUCUGCUGGUCUCAGGGGAUGGACGGAGGGUUCUCGUGGCCUCUUUCACCGGACAGAUUUUCCUCUGGGAAUGCCUGGCUCGUCAGGAUCUAGACAGUCUCCGGGACAACACCGUGAAGGGACGCUGGAGUCAGAUAGCACCCUCUGAAAAUUCACAGCUUCCCUCCGUUAGAGAUAAGGAAGCAUGUCUUCACUGCGCGUUUGUCCAGAGCCAGGCCGUAGGUGACGUCUGCCUGAGCGCUUUCGUCUUCACCGCCGGAGAACAGCUGGUUGUCACCUUCCUGAAGAUUCAAUGGGAAGAGGCCUGGAAAAACAGUUUGAAAGAAUACAGCGUCGAUUGGGUCACCAAGUCCUACGCGCUCGGCCAUCUUGUUCCUCCAUGUCGGUCUGUGAAAUCCAGAGGAGCCCUAGUGCCGGCAUUCUCACCCGAUGGACAACUGUUAGCGAUAAUCCUUAACCAGAAAGACCCAAGGGCUACUCAGGCGUUAUUCAUAAGCGUGCAGAACUUUGUGACUGUAUCCAGCUCACUGGGAGGAUGUGGCAGUAGAAAGCUCUCAAUCCCACCCAAAUAUGUGCGGUCGUACUGGGUGAGCUGCGUGAGUUGGACACCGGAAGGUCUCUAUCUGGCCUGUAUACUGAAGAGAGGCUCUGUCCUGAUGCUGGCCCGCUUAGGAGGGCUGGUCUCUCUCUCCACAAGUGGGUGUGACAUUGAGUUUGGCCCCGCACACUUCCUGCCUCUUCAUCCGUUAGUCACGUACAGACCUCCAGUGCCUUCACAGCCACCAGAUGAUGCCUUGUCCAGCUCCAGCGUGUCCCUGCGUGACCCGAUGAGACAGCGGUACUCUGUGACCUGGCACCCGAGGCUGCCUUGUCUCAUCGUGUCUGACGGCUACAUGGUGACGGCGCUGAACAUGUCCGGCCGGCCCGCCUCUUCCUCGCUGAUGAGCAGCUUCCUGACAGAGACGGCUCAGGCGCUGGAGAGAGUGCGCGAGAUCGUUCACUCGGAGCUGCCCCAGGUGAAGUCCAAACUGGAGUCCAUGUCUACACUGAAGCUCACAGCCAGUCUGUUGGUACUGAGAGAGAGAGAGACGCCGGAAUCGACACUGCCUCUAUUUUUACGAGGGGGAGGAGGCACAGGAGGCUCGAGGCUGAUGACGGAGAGGAUUGAGGACGAUGAUGGCGAUGACUCGGACGAGGCUCGUCAUGCCGGCUCGGUGCCGGAGGACGGCGGCAGGUUAGAGUUCGCCUCGAUGUUCGACACCCUUCACGCCCAGUCCCAGGCUGAGUCGGAAGAUUGCGCCCGAGAUUCCUCAGCUCUCCUGGAGGAACUGACCAGGGCACAGCGGAGUUUGAUAACCGCCUGGGCUCUCGGUGUUUCGCUCGUUCACGCUACGGAUCAGAGGGAGCGCAUGCUGAAAUACACCGUCACCUGCGCCGUUCGUUUGGCUCGCCUUCUCCGGAUUGCCGAUCCACUGAUACAACCUUACAGACAAAAUAGUGUGUUCGAAUUCCUCAGGUCUCUGCUCUCGUUUCUCCCGUGGGACUCCACCCGCAAAGGUGGCACCAGCUGCUUGGGGGUCGUUUUGGAUCUCGCGCGACGUUUUGUUCAUCUUUUUCUCCCUCCGUCAGUUUGUUCCUCUCAGAACUUCAUAGCGGCGCUUUACGUCCUCCGGGAAGCAUCGAAGAUUCUGGACCAGACCUACAGUCUACCACAGAAAGCAGCGCGGCAAGUAGAGGACGAUCCUUGUCCUUCGGACAUCUUCUCCAUCUCACUGUUACAGGAUGACAAGGAUACUGAAGCUGUGAGCUCUCCGAUAUCUCUCUCAAGCAGACCGUCGAAUAGAUUGGUGGCGGUAUGGCGAGACAUCUACAGACAAGCCUUGCGGUACCGGGACGAGUUACGGAGUGGUAGAAGUUUAGGGAGUCGAAACGGGGAACUGGAGAACAUGUCGAAGGUGAUCUCUCAAAUCCAACAAUCGCUGCAGAGCGCCGGAGACCGUCUGGAGGAAAGUCCUGCACUUUACAGCGUAACAGGAGAGGAGCACUUCAUUUCUGGUGACUACAGCGAGUGUGCCCAGGUUUGGCGAGACCAGCUGUGGGAAGAGACCGCAAAAGCUGGGCCGAGGACAGUCUUCCUGGAGACGCGCUACUGUCUGGCUCUUCUGUUUGACCAGCUGUUUCAGUAUAGGCUGAGGGAGGCGCAGGCCUUGUGUGACACCAUGGCCAAGCAGCUACUGACUUCAGAAGAUACUGUAGCGACGCUCGCGGACGAGGCUCAGUCUGAGCCGUGGCUCCCGCAGCGGGUGAAUAGCGAGGCUGCCUGUGCUGUGGUCCAGUCUCUCGGCAGGUUCAUGGCAUCCUACUUCACCAAUCAGCCGCUAGCCGUCUUCCCACCGCACAACGUGGACGUCCUGCCUCCUCUACAUCUGCCACAGCCGACGGGCCGGCGCACGGUUACUCUCAGUCAGUGGCGGGUGGCGGCCGCCGUGAGAUCUCAGCACCUCUCGGGCAUGUGGACGGUGGAGUAUGCUCUGGAGCUCCUCCUGCUGGGUGGGCUGAUUCCUGAAGCAGCGUGGCUGGCUCAGAGUUUGGGUGACUGGAAGAUGGCUGCCUCUCUUGGUCUGGCUUACACCACAUACUGCAGACUGCACUAUGAUUUCAGCAGGUUGCAGUGGAAAGAGUUGCACCUUCCUGCAGAGCUGCAGCCUGGCUUUAUCUUUCAGACUCAGCUGGAGUCGUUAUUGGACUGCAAAGUGUCAUCUAACAGACAAGACAAGGCCUCGAAAAGCCUCCCAGAUGUCGUUGAAGUCGAGGACGCGGAGCUGCUCCACGCGUACGCACAGGAGAUCCUGAAGGCUUCAGUCAUGGCAGACGUGGACGUCGUGUCACGGCCUCUCACCAAGCUGUUGGAAUCAGCCAAGGAGCAUGCGUCUUCGUUCACUGCUCUGGUUCCCCCUGCAUUCUACCUCCCUGCACCUCCUUUGUACUGUCCACAGCCUGCUCCUGACCCACAGGACUCCACCGGUGACGUGUUGUCGGUCUCGGAGAGGGAGUCACGUUGUCACGUAGCUGCAGUGUUACAGCGAGCGCUGCUGCUGUUCAGAGCCGCUCGCUGCUCCCGGCCGGCUGUGCAGUGGUACGUCAGCGGCCUGCGUCGAUGCCGUAAACUCUUUCGCAAGGUCAAGAAGGCGAACAAGCAGCCUAAAGAUGACCUUCCAGAAGGGUUGAAGAAGUUCACUAAUCGCCACGGGUUUUUCCGCUCCAGGUCCAGAGACACGAACAGUGUCGUCAUACGAACGAUAGUGUGCUUUAGGGAAUUAUGUGGGCUGUGCUGGAUGCUGCAUGUUCGUGACCAGCUCACAGUCUUCUGUAGAAAGUACCAAGCUGCAAGGAACAAGACUCAAGACACUCGGGUGACCGGUAACGGCGUGUGUGAAUUGCGCGAGGAGGUCCUGCGCUGGGCGCGUCGCCUUCUGCCUUUCUCUCGCUUCCUGAAUGCAGAAGAGACGUUGCAGGACUUGGUGCUCAGCCUCGUGGCCGAGCUGCCCGCCAUCCCGACGGUGGCAGAGACAUUAGUCACAGUGUUUCCUGAUGAGGAGGAAUCCGUCCGGGUGCCUCUAAGAGAGAAGUACGCCUCGCUGCUGCAGAGGUUAAGUUCCAGCACUGCGCAGGAUAAUACGGCAACGCAAGCCACACAGGCAGGUAGUACGCAAGAGGAAAAGGAGGGAGCGACAGUGAUUCUGCUGAUUCGGGAGCAGCGGAGGCAGCGGGUCCGAGAGGGGCGCCGUCUGGCGAGGAGCAAGAUCCCACCAGAGCGGCAUAUCUGGGAGAGGGAGGAAGACGAGGAGAGGGGAGGAGCCAACGCCAUAUCUGACCGGUUCUCACGGUGCGCUAGCUUGAGUAACAGUACGCUCACAGACUCUGAGCGCCCCCCGGUGAGCAGUGAGGCUGACACUGCUGAUACAAUAUCAGAGCCUCGUUCACCGGAACUGCACAAUAGGUCUCAUCCCAGCUCCGCGUCAGCCGAACCUGAGAACACGUUCAAAUCAAACGAUGGAAGAAAAAGAGAUGUAACGGAGCGAGAGCACAAACGUUUCACCUUACCCUCUGUGGGAACGUGGCCGUUUGAACUCGAGGACGAGGAGUAUCCGUGCUUUUUGGAGCUUUUCCUAAGCUACGUGUUGGAGAAGGACAGCCCGGACACUGAGGAAUCCGAGCUUCCUUUGCUGAGUAGCUUCUCGUCAUGUCUGUGCGACCGAGAGCUUCGCUCUGAUGCUUUCGAAGUGCUGACGGCGAUCAAAAGACGGCCGGCUGGCCGGAAAAAGGGUGUGCGGCUUCCCGCGUUCCGUGCUGGCGGCUGCUUUCACGUUCUUCCUGAGACUCCCGAGCCGCUGGCCUCCAUCAUCGGUCCUCCUCCGUCCGUCAUCAGUGAAACUCCCACAGCUCGAAUCAGCACAGGUGCUCUGCCUCUUCCUGGGAAACAACCAGGAUUGUUUAGCCUUCGACGACAGAACGAGACGCCGCUCAGACAGAACGUAAUAACCACGGAGCCCGGUCCUAUUCUGAACUUAAUCCCAGGGAUCCCUCAAAUAGAGCGCUGGCCCUUUAAGACGAUCCUCCGCCCUGACGUGGACCUACAGCUGGAGCUGGACGCCAAAUCGGAGGCCCGGUUUCCCCAGCUGGCCAGGCUGCUGGAAUGGAUGCUGCGCUGGGCAGACAGAAGUGUCCUGCUCACGCAUUCCAGCAGGAAGAAGACGGGGAAUGCCGUCGAGCCAGUGGUGAUUAGGGCUAAAACUUCGGCUCCCGCAGUGCUCUCCGCUCUGAGGCUGCUGGAGCAGAGAUACACCAAAGCCCAACUGAGGACCGACGAACACUACACUCAGAUUCGGGUCCCAGAAGCUCAAGCCACUGUGGCUCCUGUCCUGCCACUGGAGUUAGGCUGGAAGCGCGAGAGAGAGAGCAGCGUGGACACCGGCUAUCCUUCCGCCUCAGCGGGGACUCCCGUCACCCUGCCUGAUCUGGACCCUCCUCAUGGACACACUUCUAAGGGGUGUGAGCCCGAGGGUCUUCCGGAUGAGCCGAGUCUCUCUCACUCGUACGGGCACGAGGACGCGACGUCCGACGUGGAGAUAAGAGAACGAAGUGUUAGAAGAGUGAAGGAACCACUCCCAGUGGGUGAAUUAGACAGUGACCGUAGUGUUGUGGAGAAUCUGGAAGAGUCUUCAGUUGGGUCAAAUACUUCAGUACCGAUCGGGACAAAGGGCAAAACACGUAGACCCAGAGACCAGCCUUUAAAACUAUCAGAUUUAGAAUACUCCAAGUCAUCCGAUGACCCCUGCGACUCGCGCUCAAAGGACGUUGGAACAUUGGAUAUUGAACUUGCAGAACCAGGAAAGGAACCAGAAAAUAGUCCUGUACAUGAGGCUCCUGAACCUGAGCCUGAGCCUGUUCAGCCGCGUGAGCAGCAGCUCCACUCUGUGUCAAAGCCUCCGGCUGAACCAGGGACCGUGAGUCAUCCUCCGAGUGUCCAGAACGGAGAAACCAUUCACCCUGAACCAGUCAGACAGCUGCUCCAGGAUGAGCUUUUCCGAUUAGUACAAUUGCAGCAACUCAACUUCAUGAGUCUUAUGCAAGUGGUGGGAGCCUCGUUCGCCAGCGUGCCCCUCUCCCACGCCAACUCGCUGCUUUCACAGCUCAGCGUUCCUGCGUCUCAACCUGCACAACCGCAAACUCGACCCACUGUGGCUCAGUCCUCAGAUCCUCCUCCCUACAACACGAGAUUAGGGAAGAAGCCAGACACUGUUUCUGAGCUACACAGCAGGACUCCCAGAGCUUCUGAUCAGCAGUGGAUGGAAACAGAUCCCGGUCUGAAUACUCCUGAAGAAAGGAGAAGACUCUGCCCUGAGGAACUCCAACGGCUGACCGUUCAUCCUGGUCCGUCACAGAACAGCCGGGAAGAAGGACGUCGUUUUAUUCCUCCCUCUCAAAGACUUCUUACCGCAGUAGACAGUCAAGCCCCGCUGCAAGCACCCCAGCUGAAUCAUCCCCCUGAAACGGUUCCGAUUAUACAGGGGUUCAAACUUCUCCGCUUGCCCCCUCCUCAAUCUCCUCCUGCCCCUGUAAGAGAGGCCUGGGGCCCGAAGCAGCACAAUCCUACCAUGUACGGGAGGUCUGAGAGCUAUCAGAGGCGUGCUGAGCCGACGGCACAACCCGCACACCGAAAUCUGAAUCAGUACAGCGUACGGACUCGAGCUUACACUUCGUCAGACAGGGGGACAGAACGAGAAGCAGUCCGUCUGCCUCCUGCCCCCAGCGUGGCAGUACCAGAUAUUGGGCUCCCACUGCUGCGUUUCCCCCCCAGCACCCAAGUCCGACCCAUCCAGCUGCCCAGGAUCGCUUCGUCUGCCCCCGUGAGGCUGCACACAGCAGGAACGGUUUCCGAGUGCGUCUUUCCCAAACCGCACUUACUGCGUGUCGAGCCUGAGCCAUCUCGUACUGGUCUGAGAUACGGCGCACCUCCUCGGCCCACUCCUCGCUUAAUCCCCCUGGAGGAGCUGAUGGCCUGGGCAGCGGGAACGAAACAGGAAGUGAAUUCUACGCUCCGACUUCUCAAGGCAACGACGCAAACGUCGCAGAGCAAACUCACGGACACGCCCUCCAUCAAAAGGCUUGAGAGGAGAGAACGUAAAAAGAACGAGGAGAAGGCCGUGUCCUUCAUACCGGAUGAUUCUAUAAUCCCUCCACCUCAGGAGCCUGAAGAAGACAGAUCUGCUCCAGAUGAUGGCUAUGCCAUUCCUUUAGGUCCCUUCGAGUCGACGCUGACUGGGCAGAGACUGCUUGCUGAAGCGCAGGCCACGUCGGCGGAGCUUCAUGCUUUCGCAGCCACGUGCAAACGACCUCCUGAAAUCCAGGAUGCCUGCACUAACACAGAGCCGGCCUCGCCUCGCGUCACCACCGAUAAAGCCGUCUCAGCCCAGCUUCCCGUGUCUCCUGGUUCUCCGUCUGCACGUGCUGGACAUGUGGACAUUAACGUUGCUCCUGCUGCUCCCCCUGAGGUCUUCCUGAACCUUCGCACCUCUGAGGAAACGGUUCCAGAGCAGCCAGAGAGCUCAGGAGACGCAGAGGGAAAAUCCCGUACGAGCGCUCACGGCCGGGAGGAUCGCCCUCUAUUACAGGGCCUGCCGUCUUCCCGAACCCCUGUCCAGAGCCAGUCCUGUUCUCCACCUACAUCCGCUCAGCUUCACCUUCUAGCAGCUUCCGUGGUCAACUCGACCCAGAGCAACACCGAGAUCAGAACAGAAGAGCACACUGAUGGAUCACCAGGUUAUUCAGUAACGUUCACUCCUCCUGCACUUGUGCUCUCGGCGCCGGACACCGGCGGAGAUCCAGUCACGGUGAAGGCGCUGACUGAAUUCGGGACCGAACAGGAAGCCGUGCCGGCGGGCCGCUCGGUAGACCGUGCGUUUUCUCACAGCCAGGUCUCGGCACAUCUCUCCGAGAUGGACGCCCGACUGGCAGCUCUCCAGAGCAUCGCAGACCACAUGGACAGAGAAUUUGCCAACACCAGGCUGCUGGUAAACACCAUAGACGCUCUGACGCCGGUUGCGAUGGCCAGUGUGGAAGAGGAGCGUGCUCAUUCCAGCAUGCCGAGAGUUACGACGGAAGGAAAGAGACGCACAGCUAGCGUGAGCACGCACGAGGAGGAAGAAGAGCGGGGACGCUUUUCGUCUUCCACACCGAACGGUGGUGUUCCUCCACGUCAGAGGGGGCGCUCGUCUCUCUACCCAGCCUCGCCGUCCAUACACAGCGUUGUCCACCGACGCCACAUGACCCCUGCAGUGAAAUCGGAGCAGCCUCUCGGGGAUGUGAGAGAAGAAUUCACUGAAUCGCUGAUGGAGAAUUCAGACCUGCUAGAUAAAGACAUUUUGGGUCUGACCGGACUGAGCGACGUUGCGGACAUCUUGGGAGAUUUGGUUGAAGAAGGGGCGCUCUCGCCCUCCGCGCUCCGUCGCUCUCCUUCGGCGACCUGGGAGAGAAGAAGCAAACCAGAAGAGCAGCGGAGGAGAGCCAUGGUGGAGGAGGAGAGGAAGGAGCUGAGGACCUGGAUGAGGAGGAAGCAGCGAGAGAGACUGGUCGAGUACAACAAACAGAGGACGGAGAAGAGAGAGAGGGAGCGCUUUCCCUUCGCUCCUCCUACUCCACUGAAUUUGUCCUCUAGAGACCUGGCAAUCAACAGGAAAGCUAAAGAGGAGAGAGACAAGGCAGUUCUUCUGGAGCAUCACUCCCAGAGAGCACACGAGGCCUACACGCUUAUCACAGACAUGCUUACCACCCCGCGCGUCCUCCCUGCUCCUUCCAACAGCACCACCGAGACCAAGGCCCACGACUCCCGGCCUGGGAGUCGGACCCGGUUUAAAGGGCCUCUUGGGAAAGGCCAGAGGGGACGAGCGCGCUCUGUUUCGACGCUCGGGAAGACCGUGGUACUGCAGAAGAGAGGCGCAUCAGCUCCACCCGCGACCCUGAGCAGCAAAUUUGGACUUCAUAGACCUGUGAGCGCACUUCCUGGUGACCGGCUGUCCCAGGUCACACGGCGAGGCAUGCUGACCGACCUGAGAGGAAGACCGAAGGUCAAGACAUCCAUCCAGCGCCCCAGACCCGGGUUAAAUAAAUCCCCAACGGAGCUGAGGACUAUAAGACAGCGAGAGGCGUCACGGUUGGAGGACAAAGAUGAAAGGGACGUGGUGAGUCCGUGGAGCGUUCCUCGGGAGAUCCGCAGAAUUCUUGGGCUCGACAGCAGUGCCGAGGAACAAGGCUUGGUGGAUGACGGUGUCGACUGGAAGGACGCCCUUUCCCAAAGCACCAGCAGCAUUCUGAGUAAGAUGGACUGGGCGGCCAUCGAGAGGAUAGCGGCCGGAGAAGGAGACGUCUGACUCGAUGAGAUUCGAGCUAAAACUUUGAAAAGCAUGAAUGUGUGCGCUUUGAGGAGCUGCUACGUGCACCUAUUAGAACUGCUCGUCGUGUGUAGGUUUUGCUUGUGUGUGUGGAUAUAUGACGGACUGUGUGCACAGAAUAAGCACUCUUGUAGCAUUUGAAUAAUUUGUCAGGUGCUUUUAUCAAAUGCUGGAUAUCUUGAUGAUAAAAUUCUAAGGUACAGGCAAAAGUGAACUAGACUGUUGUACUUUUUAUAUAGAACGUAUUGUUAUUGAUGUUGGAUUUCCUGUACGUUCAGCAUUAUCUGGUUUUAAACGCAACGGUACGUAAGUAAAAACAAAGUCCAACGGAAACGAUGCAAAAUGAUCUGAGGCUGCGGUAUAGAAAUUGUAAAUUGUUUUGAUAUGCUUUGCACUGAGUAUAUUUAAUACAAGAUUGUUUUCACA